UUCCACCCCACCUACGACUCCCCGUCCUCACCGCCUCCGGACCCCAGCCCCCUCCCCACCUCCCGCCCCGCUGCGUCUCCGGAACCGUCCCUCCCCCCACCUCCCUCUGCCCAGUCCGUUACUUCCGGUCCAGCCCACCCGCCGGUCGCCUCGUCAGGAGGUGAGCGCCAGGGCGCAUGGGGUGAAAAACGCAGAAAGGAGCAUUCUUCCAGAGUCCGAGAACAAAUGGCUCCUUCUAUGAGAUCUUGCAAGUGGACUUUGGAAUUGACAACAGCAGCGGCCUGGCCGGCGCCCAGCAGAUCACCUGGCAGGUGGAGUACCCGGUGGAGGACGUACAGAAUGCAUCUCUGGCAACUGCCCAGAGAUGCACUAAGCUGUGAGCUGGUGCAGGACACGGAGGUUCUGAACACGGCCAUUCUCACCGGAAAGGUGGUUUCGGUUCCCGUCAAGGUCGUGGCCGUUCAAGAGGAUGGUUCGGUGGUGGACGUGUCGGAGGCUGUGGAACGCAGGUCUGCGGACGAAGACGUCGUCAAGCUGGUGGAGGGAGAGGAGAUGAUGGAAGUGGAAGAUAUGUCCUCUCCUUUUGAAGCUAUGACCCAGAAGAUGUGUGCGUUGCUUUCCAUAUCCAGAGGACCAGAAUUUCAUCACAUGACUACAUAUAGCUGCAAGGGAGGCAGCUGGAGAACUAGGAGCAAAAGUCCAGCUUCGUGAUCUCUGAGCGUCUGGAUGAAGCAAAGGUCCCCUCCUGUUUCCCAAACCUUGAACGGAGCCGUGAGUAUCCACGUGUUACGUGUAUUUCAGUGACGUCUUGUGGGAUGUUCAAUGUUCGAUGUAGACCCCAGCAGUCACCACAGCAGGGACGGUUCCUUUUUGUCUGAACUUCUGAGCCUCUCCCCUGUGUCCCAAGCCUGUGUGUGCCUCAGGCGUUGGGAGAUCAGAGGGGCUUCUCCCUGUCGUGAUGUGCUUGUGAAUGGCUGCAUUUGAAAAGCAAAAAUAUAUGUGGAUGGAAUUCAAUAGAAGAAUGUUGAAAUGUUCAUUUUCAUGUUAAAAAUGAUGAUUUACCCUGUGGUGAGAAGAAACAUUUAUCCUGGGAAAUGAAGUCACUUUCCAGUUCCAUCUACAAUCCCGACACAGGGCACACCCUUUCCAGGUGAGAAUCCCUGGAAUCGGUGCAUUUUGUGAUGUCCUCAUCCAGUACAUGUCUUUCCCCCAUCAGUUGAAAUACUGCAGAGUGGGAUGUUGAAGGUUUAAAACACAUAGCUUUAUGGAUACC